UUCCCCUGCUAUCACUCCUCUUCUGCCCUGAAGAUCUUCGGCGCAGGGGUUGCCGGUCGCAUUCAACUUGCGGGCGUCGCAAAAUUACAUCAUAGGCGAUUGGGCGCUGCCCAUCUUAUUCCAAGUAUUACCAUCUUCAUCGUCGAUCGAUCGGACAUCUUCAGCAACCCCUCUCCGAAUCUGAAUCCAAAAUCCAACCAUAUACACACAAACUCCGAUCACGAUACAUACAGACCCAAGUCAACCAUGGAGUCUCUACUAUCGCUCGCUUUCGACAACCUCUCGGCCUUCGAGCCGGCAAAGAUCAAGAAGGGUCUAAAACAAGUCGAGGGCUUGCUCGCCCAAAUAUGCUUAUCAGGCCCGGCCAAGAGGGAACAAGAUGCGGCUGCUGCCGGGGAACAACCACAACUACAGCGCAAGGGCCUAGGCGACCUUGCUGGCGACCCAGCGUUUCGCGAGUUCUUCAAGUUGCAGGAGGGGUUCGAAUGGAAUGUCGCCCAGCGCCUGCUCACAACGCUCGACUUUCUGGUGGCCCGGGGCGGCGAGGGGCAGUAUGACUUGCUUAUCCUCAAUGCUCUGGACCUGAUCCAAGGUGUUCUCCUUCUACACCCACCCAGCAAGGUGCUCUUUUCGAGGGCUGCGCACAUGAACCUCCUCCUCGACCUAAUAGAACCCGUCAACAGCCCCGCCAUCCAAUGCGCAACCAUCAUCACCCUCGUCGUCGCCCUCCUCGACUCCCCCGCCAACGUGCGCGUCUUCGAGCGUCUUGACGGUCUUCUGACUGUUGCGUCUCUUUUCAAGAGCAGGGAAACCGGCCGCGAAGUCAAGUUCCGCUUGACCGAGUUCCUAUACUUUUACCUUACCCCCGAGGCUCCUUCCGCUUCCAUGGCGUCGUCACCAACAUCAUCGUCAACACCCACAUCACCAACAAGGGAUAAGGCCGGUAGCGAUACGGCUAGCCAACAGGGCAGCGGGAGCAAAGUCAACGGGGGCGUCACGCUGUCGGUGGAUGUCAAGAAGAGAAAGCUUGAUCAGCAUCUCCCCGGGGUCGUUGAUGCCUUGUUGAGAGACUUGGAUCGGUAUAAGCCCUUUGGGGGUGUGUUGAGCUGAGCGGGUGCUGUCCAGCUUCCACGAGUUCUCUUCUGUUUCAGUCUUUUCCUUUUUUUUUUUUCUUCUUCAUUGGCUUAUGAUCAA